GCUUCACUAAGUGGAGGAAAAUCCUGCCAUCGGGAUGAUAUUGAUCACAUAGCACAACCGAGUGACAGUUUGGGUUGGUAUUUUGUUUUUGUGUUUACAAAGGAAUCAGGUCUUCUGGAAGCGAUGAGGCUCGCAUUUUGUGGUAACGACAAUGCUUCAGCCUAUAACAUCAGUGCUGGUGUCCUAAGAAAUGUCUGCUUUGUGGAUGCCCUCAACUUGGUUCCCCAUGUCUUCUUGCUAUUUAUCACCUUCCCAAUUUUGUUCAUUGGCUGGGGAAGCCAAAGCUCCAAAGUUCAGAUUCACCACAAUACCUGGCUGCACUUCCCUGGACACAACCUGCGGUGGAUCCUGACAUUCACCCUCCUGUUUGUACAUGUGUGUGAAAUAGCAGAGGGCAUAGUUUCCGAUACACAAAUGAAAUCUCGCCAUCUUCAUCUCUUUCUACCAGCUAUAAUGGGAUUUGUGGCUGCCACUGUAUCCAUAGUCUAUUACCAUAAUAUUGAAACAUCUAACUUUCCAAAGUUACUGUUGGCUCUCUUUCUUUACUGGAUAAUGGCCUUUGUCACCAAAACGAUCAAGCUUGUCAGAUACUGCCAGGAUGGUGUGCCUUUUUCUCAGCUGCGUUUCUGCAUCACUGGAAUUAUGGUCAUUCUCUAUGGGCUGCUGAUGGCUGUGGAGAUCAAUGUCAUUCGGGUUAGGAGGUAUGUAUUUUUCAUGAACCCUCAGAAAGUAAAGCCACCAGAGGACCUCCAGGACCUGGGGGUGAGGUUUCUGCAGCCAUUUGUCAAUUUGCUCUCAAAGGCAACUUAUUGGUGGAUGAAUACUCUUAUUAUAUCUGCUCACAAGAAACCUGUGGACCUGAAGGCAAUCGGAAAGCUUCCAAUUGCAAUGAGAGCACUGACAAAUUAUGUUUGUCUCAAAGAAGCGUAUGAGGAGCAAAAGAAAAAGGUAGCAGACCAGCCUAAUCGGAGUCCCUCCAUAUGGUUAGCCAUGUACAGUGCUUUUGGACGACCAAUUCUUCUGAGCAGCACGUUCCGUUACUUGGCUGACUUGCUGGGUUUUGCUGGGCCGUUAUGCAUUUCUGGCAUUGUCCAGGGCUUCCAGAAUACGACCAAUAAUACAAAUACAACAGAAAAGGUGAGGGAUCCAUCAAAUUCAUAUCUUUCCUCAGAGGAAUUCCUCAGGAAUGUUUAUGUUUUGGCAGUUCUUCUCUUCCUGGCCCUUAUUUUGCAGAGGACAUUCCUGCAGGCAUCAUACUAUGUGACUACAGAAACUGGCAUUAACCUACGAGGUGCUUUAUUGGCAAUGAUAUAUAAUAAGAUCCUGAGGCUUUCCACAUCCAACUUGUCCAUGGGAGAGAUGACGCUGGGACAAAUCAAUAACUUGGUUGCCAUAGAAACAAAUCAAUUAAUGUGGUUCUUGUUCCUGUGCCCCAAUCUGUGGGCAAUGCCUGUUCAGAUAAUAAUGGGUGUGAUCCUACUCUAUAACUUACUUGGAGUGAGCGCCUUAGUUGGUGCUGCUGUCAUUGUACUAUUAGCUCCGAUACAGUACUUCAUAGCUACGAAGUUGGCUGAGGCUCAGAAGAGCACUCUCGACUAUUCUACUGAGAGAUUAAAGAAAACGAAUGAGAUACUAAAAGGCAUUAAGUUAUUAAAGCUGUAUGCCUGGGAGCACAUAUUUUGUACUAGUGUGGAAGAAACGAGAAUGAAGGAACUCACCAGUCUCAAAACCUUUGCACUUCAUACAUCUCUUUCCAUUUUUAUGAAUGCGGCCAUACCAAUAGCGGCUGUUCUUGCAACCUUUGUGACUUACGCGUAUACCAACGACAAGCCACUGCAGCCCGCCCAGGCCUUUGCAUCACUGUCAUUGUUUCACAUCCUGGUCACGCCACUGUUCCUGCUCUCCACUGUGGUUCGUUUUGCAGUCAAGGCUAUCAUAAGUGUACAGAAGCUGAAUGAGUUUCUCCUGAGUGAUGAGAUUGGAGAUGACAGCUGGAGAGGUGGGGACAGCUCUGUAGCUUAUGAAUCCUGUAAGAAGCACACAGGACUUCACACUAAGGCCAUCAACAGGAGGCAGCCCUUGAGGUAUCAACUUGAAAGCUAUGAACAGCCAACAAGGAAGCAAACACGUCCUGUGGAGAUAGAUGAUAUCGCAAUCAAGGUGACCAAUGGAUACUUUUCAUGGGGAAGCGGUUUAGCUACAUUGUCCAACAUAAAUAUCAGAAUCCCAACAGGUAGGAUAAAUGCACAUCUUAAACAUGAAAUGU